UUUUUUCCUCUUUCCCUCUCCGCCUCUCCGCCUCUCCGCCUUUCCUUCUCUUCAUUCUUUCAUUCUUUCAUCUCUCCAUCUUCUCAACUCAACUCAACCCACAUCCAACUUUUCAACCAUACCCCCUCCUGUCGUGUUGUAUCAUCUGGCCUCAUUCUUCUAUGGUUCAUCCCGAUCGCUUGAUCCUCCAACAGUGAUUGCUGCUCCAGAAGGAUGCCCACCAGUCCGAUCACUCUUGACUCGCCCAUUCCUCCUCAUCUCGAUCUGGCUGGGGCGCCUUCGCAGCUUUUCCAAGUCCCUCCAUCUCCCUCUGCCUCGUCGGCCUUGUAUCGCUCCAUCGCAGUUCCUCGCAAAAGGGCUCGUCUUCAGCUCGAUCAACGCUCCUCCUGGCUGCAGGUCGAUGGCACCUCCAGUCCUCUCGUUCCCUCGCUGACCGGCCCCGAUGACCUCCCGCAUGGAGUCGAUGGGAUCGUUGACUUCGACUAUCGGCCCAGUCGGUAUCCGCCACCUCAACCCUUUCCUCUCGAUACCAGCGUGGACUCUCUCAGCGAGGCCGGCGGUUGUCGCAAACGCAGCCGUCGGGACCCCUCUCUGAUUGCUGUGUCCCCCACUGGCUCCGACGAGAAGACGAUCUCUCCGAACGUCCCAUCACACCCCUCCGCCGCACCCGUCCGCUGGAGCAAGGCUGUCCUGGGCGUUGUCGGCAAGGUCUGGGAUUUCUGCUGGUCAGGAGCCUUCCGCGGAUUCUAUGCCGGCGGCGGUCGCGGUUACAACCUGAGCGGCGAGGAGGAUGCCGCGCUGACGUUCUCUGCCCCGGCCAGUGAGAAGGAGACUAUGGCCGUCACUCCCACCGCGCCGGCCCUUCAGCGUGGACCGUCCACCCCUCUGCCUGGCGGCUUCCCUGCGGAAGACGAUCUGCAGCGCAGCUGGGUGAUGGUCCCAUCCGUCAACCCGUCCCCUGCGUCGUCUCACUCCACCCACCGCAGCUCUACCCGGCGGGUCCCCCGACGCACAACCACUGCCUAUCACGCCUCGCGCCGCGGUCGAUCUCACCAUCAGCGGGGGUUGAUGUCGCAUGCGGGGUCUCUCCCGCGUCAGCCUUUCUUCUCCUCCCCGGCCCUGCCGCGCGAGAGCCCCGUCUCGGUCGACACGCAGCGUCACAUGGCGGAUGUGUGCCGCAUCGAGCGCGAGGGCGACGAAAGUAUGCGCAGGAUGGGCAAAAUGGGCAUCAAGCUUCAGGCAUUGAUUCGCGAGGGCAGGCAAGCGCUGGGCACCCAGGUGGAGGUCAGCGACCUGGUCAUGGAUGAUUGUGCAAACUGAUACCCUUCUUUCACGUGUGUUUACGAGGCGACACAUGCUUUACGACCCUCGACACGCUCAUUACGAUCGACACGACAGCGAUGAGUACCAUGAUUACACGGCAUUCUAUUGGACAACAACCCACUCCACAGAUUUUGGUUCUGUGUCACGGCCUACUGUUACGAGAACGAUUCCAGCUUAUCCUUAUCCUUAUUCCAUUCCAAUAUUGAGCGUUUGCCAGUCCUACUAGCCUAGCAGUUUACCCUAGUCCACUUAAAAUGACAUACCUCCUUGGAGACUCCUGAUCAGUCACUUCCGUAAACUUCAUGAUCGAUUCAUCUGAUUCAUUUGAUUCCUUGG